AUGAGGGGCUGGGAGAUUUUUGUCCUGUGGGUCUUCUGGGUGGUUCUCUUGUGGCUGAUGGCCCCCUGCCUGGAUCUCAGACCUGAAUCAGCCCCCCAGGAGAAACUGAUGGUCUUGGUACCACAGCAUUGCAACCGCCCCUGGCUCCAACUCAGGACAAGUGGCUGCCGAUCCGAGACGCUAAACUCCUCCCUCUGGCACCACGGAGCUGGAGAACGGACAGGGUUUGCUGCCCGCUAUGAGAAGACCGUGGAGUACCUGAUGGAGACGACAGAGUCUCUGACCCCUGACACUGUGCUCUGGUGGUUGGGCAUGAACUCAGAAAAUGGGCUUGGCAAAAUGUGGGAGAAGCUGUUCGAGGUGAUUCCCAGGCCCUCAGUGAGCCAUUUCCAUCUCUACUGUGGGACUUGUGCUUUGGUGGGGAACCCCAAGACCCUACAGGCUUCUGGCCUCAGCCACAACAUCAACCGGUACCCCAUAGCCUUUGGGAAUGCCAGCAUCCAGGGCUCCUGGAGACAGCUGGUGUUGCUGCUGAAGCUUUCUGGUCUGGUGUGGACUUCAGAUGAUCCGAGUGAGGAGGUGAUGGUGUCCUUAUUUGGUUUUGGGACAGACCAGCUCAUGAGGUGGUCCCAUAACUGGGAUGAUAAGUAUUGGUUUGAGAGUAACAUGCACAGUUUCAAAGAAGAGCAGAAGGUCAUCCUCACGCUGCAGGGCGUGUCUUCCCUGGGGAAGAGCUCCUCUUUUCAGGGCUCACUGUGCAGCUUCGUGACACACAGAUGGGCUCCAAAGCUCCUCAUGGAGCUAGAGACCUCCAUCUCCGGAGUUCCCGGGCUCUGGGCUGUAUCCCCUCCCCGACUCCUUUUCCACUCCAAUGGGGUCCAGCCUCCUCUGUGUGAGAAUGUGGGCGUCAAGUGGGUUCUGGUGACCAACUUCACCAUCCUCAAGUACAUCCAUGAGACCUAG